UCUGUAAAGUUGAAAGUGGCAUAGUGGUUACUGAUUAGUGUCUACUGUCUAGUGGUAGGUUACUCACUGAGCCGGACACAAGCUUCAAAUUGUAUCUAUCCGUGUAACUAUGGGUGACAGAUACAACAUCCACAGCCAGUUGGAACAUUUGCAGUCCAAGUAUAUAGGAACUGGCCACGCGGACACGAUUAAAUACGAAUGGCUCGUAAACCAGCACCGGGACAGCUACUCGAGCUACGUCGGCCACUUCGACAUCCUCAACUUCUUUGCCAUAGCUGAAAACGAGGCGAAGGCGAGGAUAAGGUUCAACCUGAUGGAGAAGAUGCUGCAGCCGUGCGGACCUCCACCUGAAAAGCCUGAAGACUAAUUUGUGAACUGAACAAAGACCGUUUUUUUUUUUGUAAAUUGUGCUAAUUUUUAUUGUAUAUUUUUUAAUUGUCGUGUAUGUUCACACAAGAACCUUUUUAUAAGCGUUUACCGUUAAAAAAAAUUGUUAAAACUAAGUAUUGUAACAAAAUAUAUCAAAUAAAAAAACUA